ACAACGAUGGGAGACGCUUUGGGUUCUUGGGCGAUUAUCACACUGACGGUAGCGACAUUCGCCAUCACGAUAUGUCCAUCGGUAUCAGGUGGUGAAAGAUGGUCACGCCAGCUGACAGAAUUCACGGGAGGACCAGUGACCGGAAAUGAUUGGAUUCCACUGUCUCGGCCCGGUUCCGAGCGCCAGGCAGGUGCUCGCGUGCUGAACUAUUUUACCGCCCCUCAGCAGACUUUUCUCGAUCCGGAUAGUGCAGUACAAGCACAGCAGCAUCAUUUCACCUUCCUUAACCAUCAAUUUCCACAAUCGAACCGCUUUUUGCUGCAGCAGCCUACACCUCAACAGCAACCUGCCCAAGAGCUCAUUGAACAACCGUUCCAUUUGACCAGCUUCCAACGAACAGCACCAUUUGUGGGACAAACAAUACAGCAUCCACCACCACCGCUACCACAACCGGCCUCCUCAACGAAUCCCUUCGAACAACAGUUCCUCUCAAAACCACCCGUCUCCGGAGCGCUAAUCCAGGACGAUAAGCAACAAUCGCUGCUUCAACAACGCCAACAGCAGCAACAACCAUCACUUCUCGAUCAACCGUUUUCGUACCAACCAAUACGUCAGCCAGACUCUGACUCUCACCCGCCCGGUCCACAAUCCGGUCCGAGUGGUGGUGCUGUUUCGCAAGAAGAAGUGCAGCUACUAUACGUGCCAGUCGAGACGCUCUACAACCAGAAGCAACCGCAACCAGCACCCGAAAACAAUCGGUUCAAUACGCUUCCGCAACCGGUUAGCCCAUCAUUGAUAAACGAUUUCUAUACUGCCGCUACGACCACUACCACCACACCGAAAGCUCCACGAACGAGUGCAGCUACCUUUGCACCACACUACUCAACAGCCCCUGACACCCCGGCUCCAUCCUUAUCUCGCUCGUCAACAUCCACGCUCGGUGGUAUCUCAUCCAAGCCGAAACCAAAUCAACCACCACUUGCAUUGUUCUUGUACAACGAUGGCCGCCAGGGCAAGCUUUCCACCGGAGAUGCACUCAUGGGGCUAAAGAACAUCAACGAGAUCGCGGUAUUGGACGCGUUCGGUAAGAACACUCCGAAAGUCUUCAUCGGGCCCUAUGGAUUGGCACCUUCCAAGAGCUACUCCCGUUUUGAUCUUCCUUAUCUGUCCAGUGUGGAUCUUUCCUCAAACCGCGCCCACCGCAAGUUCGAAGACCUACCAUUCUUCGUGGCACCAUUGAGUUACAAAACUCCCAGUGGAUAUUCGAAAAUUGCACUUCCUCCGCCUCAUGUCGGCUCGAUCAUUGUGCGCCAGAGCAGCUCAAGCAGUGGAAAUGCUUUGGAACACAGUACUUUUUACACAAGACCAACGGCUCCUACCAAUGUUCAGUAUUACACUCCUUCCACGUUAAACUUUGAUGAUAAUGCCACACCAACUAAAGCCCCCAUCACCUUGGGCAACUCCGGCAAACCGAUCUACGAUUUAGAUCACUAUUCCUCGCCUACCGGCAAACCCGUCACAGCGCCAUCCGCGAAUGAUCGAGGCGUUGGAAACUUUGGUUCAUUCAGCAACCCGAACCCACUGCCGGCAAGCCGCCAUCCUAGCGUGAACGAAGAAUAUUUUAACCUUGCCAAAACCAAGAAGCCAACGACAAAACCCACCCUAGCUUCGACCACUCCCAACUAUCCGUUUCGAUCAUACGGUAGUACACGUCAGUUCGAUUUCAAGCCUAUGCCAGAUCAAAAGAUUCCCCCAUCCUUCUAUCCGCAAGAAGAAGAUGAUACUACAACAACCCUUUUCACGACAACGACGACAACAGAACGUCCGACCACGGCUCAGUUGCAGUUUGAAGCAGAACGCAUGAGAACGCAUUUCCGUGAGGAGAACUUUCGAAGUCGCCGUCCACAUCACCAUCAAUCUACCACUCCUGCAUCACUGAUCGAAACAAAGCCACAACAACAACAACAACAACAGUUUGUACACAAAUUCAAGCUAGUAGACUCAGUUCGUCCAAAUAAUGUUAAAUCAUCGGUGGUAGAUCACGGCUUCCUGGACUUCUUUAACCAUCCAUCGCAGCAGCAUACAGACGAGAUGAUCAAGACUACGUUCACCACAAGCCUUCCGGGUAGUGUUGGUGCAGAGCGGCAAGUCAUCCGGAAUAACUAUUACACAGCGUCAGCCGCUGUAAACGAGGAUACUGGGGCAAACAGUCACAGUAAAUUUGUCAGCACGUACUACAACCCAUCUUCAACGGCAGCCGGUACUACGACCGAGACGACUACACCUUCAACAUUCACUACUCAGGAUGUGUUCUUCCGCGAUUUCGAUCAUCGUAGCAAGUUUUACGAGCGUGAACCGAAGUAUGAAACCAGUUUUCCAACCACCGUUGGAACCACCGGUACAAGCUACAUCAACAAGUACAAGUAUGAAACGGAUACGAACAGUGAUUCGCUACGCUACACGGUCGAAGUUGUCACGACGAGCGAACCGUCUACAGGCACAUCCGAAACAACACAACGCACAACUGAUCUGCAGCAUUACAACAUACCCUCGGAGUUACCACCGAUCAGUGCUAACCUUCCGGGACUCGUGAAUGCGCUCAUGGAUGAUCAAUGGCCACCAAAAGCAUCGGACACUGCCUCAGCAGCUGGAAACACGCGAGGACCUCAUUUCCGCAAGCAAUUGCAUCGUACAACUACUCAGCCAACAUCGGCUGUUGAUUCGUACGACAUAGAACCAGUAACCACAACCACCAGACGGCCCCUUCAGCGGCAAAGGCGUCCACAUCCUUCGCGUACUACUCCUGCCCCAUCUUUUGCCGCCGAAACGAGCGAGACCUCCGGUACAAGCACCCGAGCACCGAUCUCACGAUCACGUUCACGCUAUGUACCGAAUAACGAGGAACGUCCGUCACCCCGUGGGCGUAGCCGCAGUCGCACAACAACUCCGCGGGGCCCUCGAAGGGAGGAAGAAAACCUGGACUAUCAACGAGACGUGUUAAAGCAAAACUACCCUUUAAUUCGUCCACAGGGACACGCCGCUUCCGCCUCAACUACAACACCACCUUCGACAACUAUCGCUACGACUACGACGCCUUCGACUACACUUUAUAAUCAGGAACAAUAUGAAGAAACGUCAGAGCGCCUCUUCUCCACGACCCUCAUCAAUGAGGCCCCACAAGACAUAGGAGAUCUGCAACAACAAGUAACACGAAAAUACUCUACACAUUAUAGUGAUUCGACCUACGAACAGGAACCAACCAUGACGACAGUUCUGCCAUCGCAAACGUCGAACUAUUACGUUCCCUCGUAUAGCACCCGAUCUCAAACGGAUGAUCGGCCGGAAGAGGAGAAAUACGUUCGACCUCAGGAAGUUAUACCUCUGAAUCGGGAUCCAGAAUCGGUCCAUUCAGUGAUUCCAUUGAGGACACAAAAUCCCGUCACGGAAGCAUCCCCACAAACUGCUCCACCAGCCAUUCAAUAUCUGUCGGAGAAGGAAGAAAGUGAGGAAAAACUCACCACCGCCUAUGGCCAGCCGCUCGAGGAAGCGAUGGAACUUACAAAGAUGGAGAUUACGCCUCGCCUCCGUCGGCCGGGACUUGUUUCACGCCAGAGAGAGACACAGCAGAACUAUGCAUCGCGCACAACCACGGAACGUACCACAACUACUCGUACAACAACCCCAGAACCGGCCGUGUCUGGUACAGGAUCACGCACAGCUGCAGGACGCAGACCGGGAUUUGUGCGACGACCUUCGAGACUUUAUGCCACAACGACUGUCAGCCCUAUCACGACCGCAGGAUACAGCAGCGAGCAACAACAGCAGUCCACGUACGGAACUAACACCGUGCGUACGAAGAAUCGUCAAGAUAUUCUGCGAGGCCGUACACGUCGACCCACUACAACGACUGAACCAGCGCCAGCAGCAACGACCGCCUCUCCGGAGGCUCCGGUGACACGAGCUUUUGGCAGAGGCAGCAAUUUGCGCCGUAUUGCACCAACACUACGCUCCAGGCAGGAGCAAACCGCAGCGGCUACUACGCAGCAACCAAGCACGUUGGCACCAGUCAGCAGCGGACCGCGAUUCCGCAUCCGAGAACGCACUCGAUUUAAUCUGCAGCCACAGGAAUCGCAGUGGUCCACCAAACUGAACCAAAACUCCUUCCAGCCGGUGCUUAAGACCGAAUCACGCACCAACGAUAUCCAACAGGAAAACGUAUCAACUGAACCAGAACCGGAAAUCGUAACUGCCGCACGAGACAACGAAAUGUACUUUUUAAAUGUAUCGUCUAACUACGGGCAAAAGGAUAGCAGCAAGCAAGGUGCGAAUGCAGAGGAUAGCACAGAAACUAGUGUUUCCUCAUUUGCUGACUUGUUGAAUGAUGUUAUGAAGGAUUUCAUUGACGCUAACAGUCAGGAGAAACCAGAACGCAACAGCAAUGGGAAGGAUCAAGCUAGUACCGAGAGUCAGCGACGUCCUGUAGCGAACUUCCGUAAUAAUAUCCUUCGCAAACGAGGUCGCUCAAAGGCUGUGGAUUCGUUUGAAACAGCCGAAUCACAGCACAUUAAUCAGGCGGCUCAGGUUUACAAUGGACCGUCACGCUUUGGCGAAUCGCUCAAGAAUAUCGAUCACGUUGGGCUUUCGGGCAAGAAUGCACCCCAACAGCGGGAAAGAUUUGAAGAGCAGGAAAAUACGGCUCAAGAACAAGCUACCGUAGCACCUGCCGAGAAUGCUGCAGAGGACACCGAAACAGAAGAAGCAUCGUUGGAAGUGAUAACAGGGUACGCAGAAGCACAAACAAGCACGACAUCAACACCAUCGACCAUAACAACGAAGAUUACGGAAGAUGUACCGAUACUGGUUAGCAUGGAGCACAGCUCCACAAGCCUGCCGGAGCAACACGAUGACGCAGAAGUUACCACCGGAACGCCGACUACGGUCGAACCAGAGGCGGUGUACAAUGACGAAUCGAGCUUUCUCGCGGAAGGCGAAGUUACAAAAAAUAGGGUUUCUGACGGAAUUUUUGAUGAAGUGAAAAAAACUAUUUCCGAUUUGUACCAAAUGGCCGAGCAUGAUACGGAAACGGAAGAAAUUAUUGACGGUGGAGAGAGGAUCGAUGGGAUUGAGAAUGAGGAUGUGCAACCAACAGAAGAUCCACGUUCACUCGGGGGUAGCUUUGAUGAACAAGUUACGUCCACCACCGAUAUCAGUCCGAGUGAAACGCAGUUUGUGCAGGUAACCGCGGAACCGCCUACGUUCAUCAAUCCUAUGGGCUCGCUCGUUAUACCGACAUCCGUUUCAAACGGUAUCACACACGAGACAGAAAUAUGCUAUCGGGGUCGUUGCAUAAAGACCGAAGACGACAAACGAAAGCGGAAGUUCAAAUUAAACUAA